CCCAGGUCUUUCAAUAUGGCUACAAAACUCAAGCGAGAGCACAGUUACGUGCCCGAUGAACCUUCAAAGCGGCUGGCCGUACCUAGCAAACCCGAGACUUCCCCAGAGGUUGUCCUUCAGCACCUGUCGUUCUCGGAUCUGAAGGAAGUGGUCCAGACGCUACUUGCACAUCCAGCCACUUGCACCUUCACCCAGAGCCAACUGCUUGCGUACCAAGAGAGAGCCUUUGACUAUUCCUUCAAUGAAGCUUAUGAGGAGCGCUGCAGCAUCAUGUUAGGGGCGUCCGUCGCAAGGGCAAGUGCAAUCAAGUCAGCAUACGCCAACAAGGGAUCGCAGUCGCUUGUGCUUUGGCCAGAGUCCAUGAAACCCUUUCUUCCGCGUAUUCAGGCGUUGAUUGACAAAGGCACCGAGGUCACAGGGCCUGUUUUGGCGUGGGAUGCCCUGAAACGAGCGACCCGUAUGUCGAUAUUUGAAUGGUAUGAUGAUAGCGACGAAAUCACCCUAAACGAUGAGGAAUCAUGCGAUUGGUAUCAUGACGAGGUCGACGGUCUGAUGCUGCAGAUUUUUCGCAUUCAGCAGCAGCAUGACCCGGAAUGGUUACGUGAGGAAGACCCAACCAAGAAGAUACGAAAGUGGCAGUUCCUAGCCAAGACCAUCGACGGACCAUGUAAAUAUCGCUAUCACCGAACACUGGCCUUCCUCGGAGCCUUCUUACCCACAACCGAAGCCUGAAGAGUCCAAGGGCUGUAGAGCACUUGACGAGUGGAGCAAAUGGGGAGAGGUGCACGGCGCAGCAUGCGAUCUACCAUGGAUGGCCAUCCGGAUUCCAGUCUCCGCUGCUGAUGUCGUAACUCUUGAGCACUGCUGUCUGCAAAGUGAAAGGGUCUGAAGCCGAGGUCUUCCCUCUUAGCAGACCGAAGCGCAGGGGCUGACUGGAACAACGAGCAUGGGCAUCGGUGGUCACCCCGGGUCCGGUGAAAGAACUGAAUAGGUGGAUGUGCAGUUGAAAAGAGGACAUAGCUCACCCAGCUGAUCCUCAAAAUCCGCGAAGCCGUCACUGAAUAGCUUCGGGCAUCCUUGUGGCAGAAGCAAAAGGCCAAGGGAACAGAGGUUGAUAAUUCGUUGUCACGUCCAAUAGGUUGAGGGAAAUCUCAACGCCACGGUCGACCUGAACAAUUCAUUGAAAACCAUAUCGCUG